UUUCAAAGGGAGUAGCCCUACGCUGUAAUUGCAGAACAGGUCCUACAACAUGCAAAUGCAUUUAAGACUGAAAACAUGGCUCAACAUGAUUGUGGUUUGGUGGCUAGCUUGUGUUUUCUCAGUAACACACCAAAACUUCCCGUGUGACUGCUUUUAAAUGAUCAACUAGCUUUAAACUUGUAGGUUGAACACUUAUUAAACAAACAAAAUUGAAUAAAUAACUAACUAACGAACUAAAAAUAACAAAACCAAGAGUAAGAAUCAAAAAACCAUGCACAUAGGUCAGGACAAUACAUAAACUAAUCAUAAUAUAUGCUUGUAAGCAAAUAUAUUUCACCACCAGUACACACCGUCAGAAAAGCUGUCACUAUAAUAAGAAGCUUUUAAAAAGGUCCUAAUAUGUUCCAUUUAGGUAUCCAUAUGUAUACAUUUGGUACCAAUAUGUUCCUCUGAGGGAUAUUCUUUAAGUGUAUGUUUUUAAAGUGUACCGCCCCAGUGACAGCUAGUGACCAAUUUUUUUUUUUUUUUUGAUAGUGCACCUAUACAUGAUUACUAAAUUUUUCACAGGGAUGCGCUAGAAAAAAACAAUUUGGUUCCCCAAAGAACCUUUUUGUCAACGGUUCCUAUUAACCUUUUUAUUAUAGUCUACCUUUUCUACUACAAAGAACCUUUUGUGCAUCUUUUAAAGUCCUUUAUGGAGCCUGACAAAGACCAUUUCGAGAACCUAUUUUUAAGAGAGUAGAUGUAUUUCGAGCAGUAAAAGCUGUGUAUGUCCUCAUACAAAUCAAACAAUGGAUGUAGAAAUAAGAGCCCCCUAAAAUAUCAAAUGUCUGGUUUCCUUUUUGUUUCUUUUCAACCUAAAACUCCACCCAAUAGCUAAAGGCUAUAAAACCACACAAUUAAAGCCUGUCAGACACUAACCAUAUCAUUCUUAAGAAGUGACCCGUGUCCGCAAGAUCACCCACAGCGAUGACAUCUCAAGGCAUUCAAAUCCUGGGGAUUAUGCUUGCAAUGAUGGGUUGGUUUGGGAGCAUCAUCGCUUGUGGCCUGCCUAUGUGGAGGGUCACAGCAUUUGUCGGGGCGAACAUUGUCACCGCACAGAUUAUUUGGGAGGGUUUGUGGAUGAACUGCAUCGUGCAGAGCACCGGACAGAUGCAGUGCAAGGUGUACGACUCCAUGCUGGCUCUGUCCCAAGACCUGCAGGCAUCUCGAGCCAUGAUCAUCAUUUCCAUUAUGGUCGGAGUCGUUGGCUUCCUGAUCGCUGUGGUUGGAGGAAAGUGUACGAACUGCCUGGAGGACGAAGCGGCUAAAGCAAGAGCAUGCAUAGUUUCAGGGGUAAUUCUCAUCAUUGCUGGAUUUCUUAUACUUGUGCCUGUUUGCUGGUCUACCCACACCCUUAUUAGGGACUUUUACAACCCGUUAUUAAUUGCUGCCCAGCGUCGGGAGCUGGGAGCCUGUCUGUACAUAGGCUGGGGAUCUGCAGGUCUCUUGCUGUUGGGCGGUGGACUUCUUUGUUGGAACUGCCCGUCCGGUGAAAACAGGCCCUAUAUAGCUACCAAAUACGCCCCUGCCAGAACCAUGACUCCAGCAAUGAAUUAUGUGUAAACUGUAAAAUGAUCAUAUUCUGUGUGACAAGUAAAG